AUGCCCACAGAAUCAGCAACAUCCUUUCUAGCCGCAAAGCUUCAUGACCAUCCACUAAAUGUGGCAUUUCGUGCUUUUCUUGCUAAAUUUCCUUUGAAAUCACAUCGUCCUAUACAUCGAAGUCCUCAUCAUGAGAUCCCAACGUUGUACGUUUGGGGCAACAAAACAGGGCAAUUGGGAAACCAGCCGAUUAGUUUCGACUUUGCUUGUUUGAGAUGGCAGGUCUGGUUGCUAAUAAUCGAUGCUCGAUUUGACGUUAAAAAUUGCAAUGAACCAUUAAUGUCACCUUCAGGCAAACUUCCUUUUCUUCUUACACCAAACACUGAUGCCCUAAUCGGUGAGCAUAUCGAAGAGUUCCUGAAACAAAGUCCAGAACAUCAGCCGGACUUGAAUAUACCAACUUUAACUACCGAUAAUGACAUUAGUAAUUCAAAGGCGUUUGUCGCCUUGGCUGAUACGAAACUGCGUAAUGCAUUGCUGUACUACUAUUGGUGUGAAGCACUGAAUUUUGAAGAAGUAACGAGUAAAUUGUAUGGUGCAAAAUACCCAAAGCCAUUAAAUUGGAUAAUAUUGUAUCAGAUGAAAAGCGCCGUCGUUAAAGAACUUUUAACGAGAAAGCCAGUAUUGGAUAGAGAAGAGAUAUAUCAAGAAGCGGAGGAUGCAUUGAAAGCAAUUUCAACCUUACUUGCGGAUCACAAUUACUUUUUCGGGAGAAGUUCUCCAUCAUUCCUUGACGCUGUGAUCUUUUCCUAUGUUCACCCGAUACUAUCAAACCCGACAACACUUGUGAAUAAUCUAACAACGAUUACGCGUCGUUACAAGAAUCUUGUUGAGUUCUCGGAUCGAAUGAAAACCAGAUAUUUUGCAAAGACAUACCAGUAA